AUGCCGACCUACUUCAUUCACCUUGAGAAUGCUCUCAAGCGUGCUAAUGAAUUCAUCGAGGUGCAAAACAAACUUCGUGCCCUCGAGAUUCUCUGCGAUGUCCUUCACAGCAAGAAGCAUCGUACCUGGCAGAAGAAGCAUGAGGAGAUCAUGAUGAAGUACCUCGAGCUGUGCGUUGAGCUAAAGCAGAGCUACGUUGCGAAGGAGGGCAUUUAUCAGUACAAGAUCAUCUGCCAGCAGUCGUACAUUGGCUCGUUUGAGGAUGUUAUUCGCAAGUACAUUGCCAUGGCUGAAGCCAAGGCCAAUGAGGCGAAGGAGGAAUCGCAAGUGAGCAUUGCCGAUGUGGACGACCUGGAGAAUGCCCAGACGCCGGAGGAUAUUCUCAUGUCCGCCGUCUCCAAUGAAGGUAACCAGGAUCGAAAGGAUCGUGUUGUACUCAUCCCCUGGGUCAAAUUUCUGUGGGAGUCGUACCGCCAGUGCCUUGACUUGCUUCGACACAAUAACAAAACUGAGCGUCUGUACCAUGACAUUGCGCACCAGGCCUUCAAGUUUUGCAUCAAGUACAAUCGAAAGUCCGAGUUUCGUAAGCUUUGUGAUCAUUUGCAUCUCCACAUUGACCAGCUAAAGCGUCAGCAGACACAGCAGCAGUCGGAACAGCAAAAGGCUAACUCGAUCAAUCUGAACUCGCCCGAGACUCAGGCCCUUCAGCUGGAGACUCGUCUCAUUCAGCUUGACUUUGCGAUUCAGUUGGAGCUGUGGCAGGAGGCAUAUCGAGCCACUGAUGACAUCAAGAAGUUUAACCUGAUGAACCUGACGAAGAAGGGUCUCGGAAAGCCGCAGCUGAUUGCGAGCUACUACCAAAAGCUGGCCCUUGUCUUCUGGAAGGCUUCUUCACACCUCUUCCACGCUGCUGCUCAAUUCCGUCUCUUCCACCUGUCAAAGGAGCUGCGAAAGAACUUGUCGGCGGAUGAAAUUCAAAAGAUGUCUUCCCGUUUGGUGCUUGCCGUUCUCUCCAUCCCGAUUCCGGCCAUUCGCCCGGAGAUUGACAAGCUCGUCGACACGGAGGAGAACGUGAUCGAUCAGCAUCACCGCAACCUGUCAAUGCUGUUGGGCAUCACCUCGAAGCCGCCGACUCGCGCCUCGCUGAUUAAGGAUCUGAAGCGAAUGGGCGUGCUGCAGUUUGCUUCUCCGCAGAUUCAAGAGCUGUUCUCCCUUCUAGAGGCAGAGUUCAACCCGCUAAGCAUUUGCACCCGUGUUCAGUCCAUCAUUGACUACAUCGAGAAGGUGGCUGCCGAUCCUGCGAAGGGCUCUGAGGAAAUGCUGCAGUACAUCCCUGCGCUAAAAGAGGUCACCUCUAUCCGCCUGAUUCGUGAGGUGUCUCAAGUCUAUAAGACCAUUGACUUCCCUCGUCUCUUGGAACUUUGCCCCUUUGUCAACAAAUGCGGCCUGGAGAAGCUGGUCGUCGAGUCGGCUCGCCGCCACGACCUUCAAGUGCGAAUUGACCACCGCAAGGGAUGUUUCAUCUUUGGCACUGAGCUGCGCGUUUCAACGGGCGACGAGUUUGUCGAAGGCCCUUACCUGCAGUCGAUGCCCAACGAGCAGAUGCGUCGCCAACUGGUGUCCAUGUACUCCUCUCUGCAGAAAGCACUGCACCUCAUUGACUCGGACUCCAUUCGCAAGGAGCGCGAAGCCUUGAAACGUCAAACUAUGCGAACCUACCACGCUGUUGCCAACGUCGAACAUCGCCAAAUUCUCAAUCGCCAGAAUUUGAUUGAAAAGCGCCGUGAGAUGAUGGAGCAGAUUGGCAUGCAGCGGGAGAUGCACGAGCGCAAGCGAAUUGAGGAGGAAGAGGCUAGGCGACGCGUGGCCGAAGAAGCUCGCCUUCUGGAGGAGACCAAAGAACGUGAGCGCAUUCGUCGAGAGAAGGACGAGAAGGAGCUAAUGAAGCAAAUGACUAUGGAUCAGCUGAAGAAGAUGAAGGACGCCCUGCCUGACCUGCGACUGGACGACCUCGACGAGGAAGAGCUGGCCAAGCUGAAACCCCAGGACCUGCAUGCCAAGCGCGUGGAACAGCUGGAAAAGGGCCGCAAAGAGGCGCAAGCCAAGCAGCGAAAGGUGGAACGAAAGUUGGACCACUUUGAGCGUGCCAAACGCGUGGAGGAGCUGCCACUGCUUCAGAAGCAGUACGAAGAGUGGCGUGUCACUGAUCGAGAAGUGUGGGAUCAGUGUGAAAUACUGCGAAUCGAGGCCAUGAAGGCCGAACGAGAAGUGGCCCUCAAGGAGCGAGAACGCUUCCGCCGUGUUCUGGGCGACAAGGAGGAGUUCACCCGCCGGGUGCUGGAAACUCGCCGCAACGAGUACGAGGAGCGUCUGAACUCCUUUGAGGCGAUUGUCAAUGAGGAGCGCAAGAAGCGACUGGCCGCUCGCCGAGAGAAGCGCAUCGAGGAGCGUCGCGUGCGCUACCACAAGGAGAAGGAAGCCGCCCGCCUGGCCUCCCUCGCCGCCCAAGAGGAGAAACAGCGAAAGCGUAUGGCGGAGAUUGAGGAGAAGAUUCGCCAGCAGCAGCAACUGAAUGAGGAGAAGGAGAGUGUCGUCCGAAACGGUGUUCGCCCCAGUGCGGCCCCACUUCAGCAGGAGGAGACUGGCGGCGGAGGCAACUGGCGUGCCCGGGCCACACGACCCAAGGAGGCCGAACUGGAGCCGCAGCCGAUGCGCCGCAAUGCGCCUCCCUCUGCUUACCCACCAUCAUCACAGCAGCACCAGGAGGAGACUGGUGGCGGCAACUGGCGCUCCCGAGCCCCGCGACCCAAGGAAGCCGAACUGGAGCCGCAGUCAAUUCGCCGUAAUGCUCCUCCGUCUGCUUACCCACCAUCAUCGCAGCAGCAGCAGGAAGAGUCUGGUGGCGGAAGCAACUGGCGCACCCGUGCUCCCCGUCCGAAGGAAGGCGAACUGGAGUCGCAGCCAAUGCAUCGAGCUGCUCAUCAGCCUGCGUAUGCUUCGCAGCAGAGAGAGCAGCAGCAGCAGGACGAGACUGGCGGAGGAGGUAUGUGGCGCCGUAACCGACCCAAGGAUGGUGACCUCGAGCAGCAGCCAAUGCAUCGCGGUGCCUCGUCGCAGCAGCCGCCGCCGCAGGACGACGGCGAAGGACAGUGGCGCCAGAGCCGACAGAGCCGUCUUCGACGCCCGAACAUCACCAGCGAGCCGCCGCCAAUGCCCCCGAUGCGCGGUCCACCUCGUCGCAACUAA